AUGACUUCUUUAGAGUCGGCAUACGACAAUAAGUCGUAUGCCGACUCUAAAGAAGUAGUGAAGUCUCUUAAAGUUGUUAAUGAUUGCGCCGAAAGAGGGGUGAAGUUAGUACAAGACUUUAACGCUGUCUUAACAAAAGAUGAAGAGCAGCAAAAGUCAUCAAGCGAAAAAGCACUGGCACCUAUAGUAGCUUCAACUUCAAACCAAAAUGAAGUUGAAAUUGAAAUCGAAAGCGGUGGAGAAAUAGAAUAUGCGGAUAGUGUUAGUGUUAAUGAAUAUAGAAAUUCUGGAAAUGAUGAUACUGCUAAAGAACCAGAAAAUGUUGAUGAAGUGGAAUUUAUCUCCAAUUUAAGUGAAGUUGUUGUACAGAACGUCGAUGAUAUAGGUCAAAAUGAAAACAAUGAAGAUCAAAGUGGUGAAGACCCCAAAACCAAUAAAGAUUUGCCUCUUAAUUUUAAUGAUCCGGCAAAAUGGCCUAUAAUAAUGAAAAUAAUUCAAUCUAAAACUCAACAUUGGCGACAAGUUCUUGCAAGAAUAAUAACGUUAAUUAGAACUCUUGCUGGACAAAAUCUAGCAUUAAGAGGAACAUGUGAAAAGCUUUUCGAACCGAAUAACGGAAAUUUUCUUAAAUUUAUUAAAUUCUUAGGAAAUUAUGAUCCUAUUAUGAGUAAACAUAUUCAACGAAUAACAACAAGUGAAAUUCACACCACCUAUCUCGGAAAAACUAUUCAAAAUGAAAUCGUUGAAUUGCUUGCUAAUAAAAUCAAAAAUGACAUCUUAGCAAAACUAGAGCGAGCAAAGUACUACUCACUUAUUUUAGACUGUACCCCCGAUAUAAGCCACAUGGAGCAGAUGACAGAUGUUUUUAGGUUUGUCAGUGCAACUGAAUCAUCUUCGGAAAAACCAGCUGAAGUCGUAGUUUCUGAACACUUCGUAACUUUUCUUGAAUUACAAGACACAACGGGAGCAAAUAUGACAAAAGUUGUUAUCGAUAAGUUGCAGGAAUUAGGCGUAAAUCUUGAUGACAUGAGGGGACAAGGGUACGAUAAUGGAGCCAACAUGCGCGGAAAAUAUAAUGGUGUGCAAGCCAGAAUUCGUCAACUAAAUCCUCGAGCUUUUUUUGUUCCUUGUAGUGCCCACUCGCUCAACUUGGUAUUGAACGAUGCAGCUAAUUGUUGUAUGGAGGCUGUCGCAUUCUUUGAUUUAAUUCAAGGCAUUUACAACUUUUUCUCAGCAUCAACUCACCGUUGGAGUAUAUUAUUAAACCACCUAAGCGAUCUGACUAUAAAACCGUUAAGUGCCACUCGUUGGGAAAGCAGGGUCGGUGCCGUACGGGCACUUCGAUUUCAGAUUAGUGGAGUUUACGAUGCACUAAUUGAAAUCGCAGAAGACAAUACAUUAACUACUGCACCACAAGUCAAGAGUCGCGCAGAGGCUAAGGGAAUAGCCAGAAAUAUUUCAAAUUUCAAAUUUGUUUGCUCCUUGGUAUUAUGGUAUGACAUUUUAUUCCAAAUUAAUAUUGUCAGAUUUGAUGUGGAUGAUCCCGUACGCGUACGCAGAAAGAGUAGACAAUUCCUAUACGAAGGUCGUGAUGAACCAAUAGUAUCACCAGAACAAAACUUCAGAGUAUCUUUUUUCAAUCGAAUAUUGGACAUCGCAAUUCAAGCAAUAAAUGAAAGAUUUACGCAAUUAUCGGAAUAUAACGAGUUAUUUGGGUUUCUUUACAAUAUCGGCAGCAAACCCUUAACGGAUGAUGAGUUAUUGAAACACUGUAAGGACUUGCAUUUAGCGCUUAUGUCUGAUGGCCAAUCUGAUAUCAACGGGGUCGAACUUUGGUAUGAAAUUAAAGCUAUUGGGAGACAAUUUGAUACUUCCAAUAGCGAUCCAAAAAGUGUAUUAAAAUGUAUUUACACAUCUAAUGUUGUCGAAGUAUUCCCAAACCUUUCGAUAGCUCUUCGCAUACUACUAACGUUACCAGUCACAGUUGCUAGUGCUGAAAGAAGCUUUUCAAAGCUGAAAAUAAUAAAAUCCUAUUUGAGAUCACAAAUGUGUCAAGAUCGUUUAGUUGGUCUAGCUACGAUUUCCAUCGAGAAAGAAAUUGCUGAUCAUUUGGAAAUAGAAGAUUUGGUUAAAGAUUUCGCAGAAUUAAAAGCUAGGAAAAUUCACUUUUAA